AUGGUGAGCAAAGAGGACACCAAAUGCAUCGUUCUAUCAAAUUCAGAUGAAUCAGAUUCAGAGACAGCCCCAUCACAUAGCCUUGAUGAACAGUCUGGACAGCAGGUGAAGAAGAGAAACAAGGCCUUACAAGUACGUUUUAAGGAUAUCUGUGACGCUCAGAAUGAGCAUAGGGGAAGGCGUUCCAGAUCCAUUUCCUGUAAAGUGACACACAGAAAGUACAUGACCAUGCCUGCCAGACGCUCUAUUCCAAACGUGACCAAGAGUACUGGUGUCCAAACAUCGCCAGACCUCACUAAACGAUACAAGACUUUCCCUUUUGAGAGGAAAAAAGGACAUACAUUUAAGCAUACUGCUUUGGUGGAAGAUUACAGAGGACACAACAAUGGUUUUUUGAGUGAUAUAAAAGCAGGAGAAGAGGAUGGACAACCUAUCGGGGAGUCCUCUAAUUACAAGGGUAAGAUUGUGGGGCAGACAAAAGCACUGCUUCACCACACUGACAGCAGUGAUACAGAGGAUUUGCUCUCCAGUGCCAACUGUGUGGAUGGACCCUCGUGUCCAGACUCAUCACAAGAGUGUCAUCCAAACAGCACUCCCUCCAAGAGUGAACAAGAGUACCAGGUUUGUGGGAAGAGGACCAAACACAAAGGAUUACCCCGAGAAGAUAUGGACACUGGCACCUCCUCAAAGCGUCAGCUGGCUAACUCAGAGUUUACACAGGACAAGUCAAAGGGCAUGGGCCCUGUUGCGUGGAAUUCUUUGACACAGGUGGAGUCUUUAGGAAGCCCCUCUGUGAGCUGUAAAAGGAAGAAGGGCACACAGCUAAAUGAACAGCAGUCACAGACACUUCCCCAUAGUGCCAAAUGCUCUGCACAGUCACAAGGGCAGUGUCGGACAAGGCAUGUGUCGGCCUCCUCUAAACUCCAGCAAACAGUUGGGGGGGACAAGGGAUUUCCUCCGGGAGAUACAGGAGCCCCAGGCAUUGGGAGCAGCCAGCAGAUAAUGCCCUUAUCUGGAGACAAGGAUAUCAAAGCACAGCUGCAGGCCAUGGAGACUCUCAUCAACUCGAGCCAGGAGACCAUCAAGGUCCUACUUGGAGUUAUUCAGGAGCUGGAGAAAGGUGAAGCACAGAGAGAGGGGCUCUCCUACCGAACAGGACAAGACACAGCAAAUUGUGACACUUGUCGAAACAGCGCAUGCAUCAUUUACAGUGUGGAGCUGGACUUCAAGCUGCAGGAGGACAAGCUACAGCCCCUGAUGACGAGACUUUGCCCCCUGGACAGCCAGCAAUGCCCCGCUCUGCCUUACUCCAAUGAAGUGUUCACAUCCACACCGAAGCGCAAGUCCAAGACAGAGUCCAAAAAGCAUGCUCGUUGGAAACUCUGGUUCCUUUGA